CCACGGCAGUCGUCGUUCGGCCGACGUUCACCUCGACUCCGCUUUCACCUGGGACCGUUCCCGUCGUCACUGAUUCCGUCGUCGUCGCGACGGUUUUCUCGCGCGUCCGUAGUGCCAGAUGACACUCGGGGCUCCACGUUGCUCGCGGUCCACGUAAACGGAUAUUGCACAAGUGGGAAAGAGAAGAGAAAGAGAAAGAGAGAAAGAAGGUAGACUCGAGCAUCCUGGAAAGGUGAAUCCAGGAAGCGGAUGCGGCCCUCCGGUUUCAUCCGUCGACUAUGAUCGCCCGCAUCGCGAGGACACCGAGGACAAGGAUUCAGUAGAGAGCGAAAGGUCCAAUUAGCAAAAUGGCGAAGAAUCAACAUCAGAAUGGCGUAAUACCAGGAGGUGGCAUGGUGACCGGCCCGGAUGAUUUUUCAGAUGGUGAAAGCACUCCUCUGACUCAGGACUACGCCGGCAGUCAACGCACGAUUGUCGAGACAAAAGGAUGGGACGUGUUCCGGAAUCCGCCAUUGAAGACCGACUCGAACUCGGGCUCCAUGGCAAACCAGAAAUGCCUAGAGAGGAUGGUGCAGGUGAUCAAGGUCCUCAUCUACUUGUUUGUUUUCGUCAUAGUGUUGGGAAGUGGCGUGGUCGCCAAGGGCACGAUUCUCUUUAUGACGUCGCAGCUACGACAGGACAGAAAAAUGCUCUACUGCAACAGACAAUUAGAUCGAGAGAACCAGUACAUAGUGACAUUGCCAGAGGAAGAGAGGAUCGCGUGGAUAUGGUGCAUAAUAAUCGCGUUCGCGGUACCGGAGUUCGGCACGCUGGUGCGCAGCAUCCGCAUGUGCAUCUUCAAGUCAUGGAAGAAACCGCAGUUGGGGCACUUUCUUGUGGUUUUCAUAAUGGAGACGUUUCACGUGGUGGGCUUGGCCUUGAUGUUCCUGGCGGUGCUUCCGGAACUCGACGUCGUCAAAGGGGCGAUGUUGACCAACUGCGUGUGCUUCGUUCCUGGAAUGCUCGGCCUACUUUCCCGUAACAAAAGUAAAGACGAGUCCAAACGAUUCGUCCUGGUUCUCGUCGAUAUCGCCGCCCUGGCCGCCCAGACGACCAGCUUCGUCCUCUGGCCCUUUCUGGACAGCUCGAGACGAACCCUAUGGCUGAUCCCCGUUGCGCUUCUUCUCGUCUCGUGCGGAUGGUGGGAAAACUACGUUUCCACGCAGAGUCGGAUCAGUCUAAUCAGAUCGCUCGGCAGAGUGAAAAAGGAGCUGCGACUGACGCGUUACUUUACGUACCUGCUGGUGUCUGUCUGGAAGAUCGUGGCGUUCUUCAUCAGCUCGAUACUGAUCCUAUAUCUCAAAGGAGAGACUGUCGGGCAUCUGUUCAUGUUGAGCAGCGCCUUUGGGGAUCACAAGAUCACCGUCACAUCCAUCAAGUCGAUAAAUGGCGCCAGUCUGCCCGACCUCUCGGAAAUUUUGACGGGCGACAUCACCGAGGUUGUCAACGCCGACAUCAGCACGCCUAUCUACGUUCUCCUGCUGCAGAUCUCUGGCGCUUAUUUCGCCUACGUGUUUGGCAAGUUUGCCUGCAAGAUUCUGAUCCAAGGCUUCAGUUACGCGUUUCCAGUAAAUCUCACGAUACCGGUGUCGAUAUCGUUGCUGAUCGCCGCGUGCGGCCUCCGCAACAACGAUCCGUGCUUCUUCCACGGCACUAUACCGGAUUAUCUGUUUUACGAGUCACCGCUGCCGAAUUUCCUCAAUGACUUCGUGUCGAGGCAGUACGCCUGGGUGUGGCUGCUUUGGCUGUUGUCGCAAACCUGGAUUACCCUGCACAUCUGGACGCCGAAAUGCGAGCGUCUCGCGGCCACGGAGAAGCUCUUCGUCGUGCCGAUGUACGACUCUCUGCUGAUCGACCAGUCGAUGGGUCUCAACCGAAGAAGGGAUGAUCAACCGGAAGUCAAGGUUGAGGAUCUGGCGGAGAUAGAGAAGGAGAAAGGCGACGGUGACUACGAGACGAUCUACGAGCAGACGGACGGCUCGACCACACCUCCGUCCGCAGUGAAGAGCAGCGAUCACGUAACUAGGAUCUACGCUUGCGCCACCAUGUGGCAUGAGAACAAGGAGGAGAUGAUGGAGUUCUUGAAGAGUAUCCUGCGCCUGGACGAGGACCAGUGCGCGCGGCGCGUUGCCCAGAAAUAUCUCAAGGUCGUCGAUCCCGAUUACUACGAAUUCGAAACUCAUAUAUUCUUUGACGACGCAUUUGAACUCUCUGACCACGACGAGAACGAGUCACAAGUGAACAGAUUCGUAAAAUUACUAGUCGGCACGCUGGACGAGGCCGCGUCGGAUGUGCACAAAACGAGAAUGCACGUGAGAGCACCUAAAAAAUAUCCGACUCCAUACGGUGGACGAUUGGUCUGGACUCUUCCCGGAAAGACGAAGAUGAUCGCCCAUCUGAAGGAUAAGAGCAAGAUUCGACACAGGAAGCGAUGGAGUCAGGUAAUGUACAUGUAUUACCUGCUGGGUCAUCGGCUAAUGGAGUUGCCGAUCAGCGUCGAUCGCAAGGAGGUCAUUGCCGAGAAUACAUUUCUGUUAACGCUCGACGGCGAUAUCGAUUUUCAACCGGCGGCGGUGAAGCUUCUCGUGGAUCUGAUGAAGAAGAAUAAGAACCUGGGCGCCGCUUGCGGUCGUAUUCAUCCAGUUGGCUCCGGACCUAUGGUGUGGUACCAAAUGUUCGAGUACGCGAUCGGUCACUGGCUGCAGAAAGCUACCGAACACAUGAUCGGAUGCGUGCUCUGUAGUCCCGGAUGCUUCUCGCUGUUCCGCGGCAAGGCACUGAUGGACGACAAUGUGAUGAAGAAAUACACGACCAAGUCCGAAGAGGCGAGACACUACGUGCAGUACGAUCAGGGAGAGGACCGUUGGCUGUGCACGUUGCUGUUGCAACGAGGAUACAGGGUGGAAUAUUCCGCAGCGAGUGACGCUUAUACCCACGCACCGGAAGGAUUUAACGAGUUCUACAACCAACGGCGCCGUUGGGUGCCCUCCACCAUUGCGAACAUUAUGGAUCUGCUGAUGGAUGCAAAACGCACGAUCAAAAUCAACGACAAUAUCUCGCUGCCCUACAUCUCGUAUCAAAUCCUACUGAUGGGUGGAACAAUCCUCGGACCCGGCACGAUCUUUCUCAUGUUGGUGGGUGCCUUCGUGGCGGCUUUCAAAAUCGACAACUGGACCAGCUUCUACUACAACAUUAUUCCCAUCUUGCUUUUUAUGAUCAUCUGUUUCACUUGUAAAUCAAACGUACAGCUUUUAUGCGCUCAGAUCCUGUCGACGGCGUACGCGAUGAUCAUGAUGGCGGUGAUCGUAGGUACUGCCCUACAGCUCGGCGAGGACGGCAUAGGUUCGCCCUCGGCGAUCUUCUUAAUAUCAUUGUCGAGCUCAUUCUUCAUAGCAGCCUGCCUACAUCCACAAGAAUUCUGGUGCAUCGUGCCCGGCAUCAUAUACUUGUUGUCCAUUCCGUCUAUGUACUUGCUCCUCAUACUGUACUCCAUCAUCAAUCUUAAUGUUGUGUCCUGGGGCACCAGAGAGGUCCAAACGAAAAAGACCAAGAAGGAACUCGAGCAGGAGAAGCGAGAAGCUGAGGAGGCGAAGCGCAAGGCCAAGCAAAAGUCCUUGCUGGGCUUCUUGCAGAACGGCGCGGGUACCAACGACGAUGACCAGGGUUCCAUCGAGAUAUCGCUCGCUGGCUUGUUCAAAUGCUUGCUUUGCACCCACGGCAAGCCAUCCUCCGAGAAACAGCAGCUCGUAGCGAUCGCUGAGUCGCUCGAGCAGCUUGGCAAGAGGCUCGAGACUAUCGAGAGAGCGGUGGAUCCUCACAGUCACGGACGAAAGAGAGCUUCUUCCGUGGGUUCGCGCACCGCCGACCACCUGGGUGCCAUCGGCGAGGACCCCGAGGACGAGGAAGGCAGCGAGACAGAGACGGUGACCAGUCAGAAUACCGAAGGUAACCGCGACGGCAGCAACUUCCUCUCACGACCAUAUUGGCUGAACGACGACGGUCUGAAGAAGGGCGAGGUGGAUGUGCUGUCGCUUCAGGAAGAGCAGUUCUGGAAGGAUUUAUUGGAGAAGUAUCUCUAUCCAAUCGACGAGGACAAGGCGGAGAAGGCACGAGUCGCCAAAGAUCUAAAGGACCUACGCGACCAGAGCGUCUUUGCAUUCUUUAUGAUGAACGCCCUCUUCGUCUUGAUCGUCUUUCUGCUGCAAUUGAACAAAGACUUGUUACACAUCAAGUGGCCAUUCGGCAUCAAGACGAACGUCACAUAUGAUCAUACCACCAUGGAGGUGCACAUCUCGAAGGAAUACCUGCAACUCGAGCCGAUCGGUCUCGUGUUCGUCUUCUUCUUCGCGCUGAUACUGGUGAUACAAUUCACUGCGAUGUUGUUCCACCGAUUCGGCACGCUAGCUCACAUUCUGGCCAGCACCAGCUUAGACUGUUGCAAGAAGACGAAGGAUCUCUCCGAGGAAGCUCUGUUGUCGAAACAUGCGGUCGACAUAGUGAGAGAUCUUCAGAGACUGGACGGGAUAGAAGGCGACUACGAGGAGGGCAGCGGUAGCGGGCCCGGUAGACGAAAAACGAUUCGAAACCUGGAGAAGAGUCGCAGGAAAACGCAAGCGAUCAACACGCUCGACGUGGCCUUCAGGCAGCGUUUCUUCAGCAUGAACGAGGCCGCAGGCCUCUCGAGGAAUUUGUCGACGCGUCGCGAGGCGUUCAAGGCGUUCGAGGGCAGGCGCAACAGCAUAAUGGCGAUGCGCCGGAAGUCGCAGAUGCAGACCCUGGGCGCAAACAAUAUCUACGGCAUGGCGGGCAAUCCGCUCGGGAUCCAGGGUCGGCCGUCGCGCAGCAGUCAGAUAUCUGUGAAGGACGUUUUCGAGGGUCACACGGCCGCGACGUCCGGAGCGGGCCACGUGAAUGCCGGCUACGAGGGCGAGGAUAGCCCCGGCAACAGUCUACGGCUGCAGAAUCUCAGCAGCAGUCAGGUCACGUGGCGAGAGGCGAAUUCCAACGUGUGACGUUCACGUCCGUCCCAACUCCUCGUCGCAAUAAAUUAGAAAACGAAGAAUUUAUUUAUCCGGUAAAUUUAUUUAUCGGCGAACUCAUUUUUGAGUCAAAUUUCUUCUCGAGUUGAAUCUCUAAAAAGAAAGAAAAAAGGAAAAAGAAAAUUGCACAACAGUUUCGUCGCUCUUCUCGCAAGCUGCUUUUAGCGUUCUUCUUUCCUUCAAUGCUUUCCUGACCACCUCAAAAUGGAAAGCUGUUUCGAGAUUAUGUGACGCAAGUGUGAUGAAAAUCAGUGCAAAUUUUUUUUUAAUAUUGGGCGUAAAAGACUGUUUGAAAAUGAGUUCGUUACGUUAUGAGCCGAUCAAGACAAUUCGUGCGGUUUUUAAGAGAAGCUGUAAUGUUUUAAUAUCUAGGACGCUCCGUUAACUAUAAUAUUUGCCACAAAAUAAUUGUUUUAAUACAAGGAAGAAAGAGCCGCACAAAUUUAGCUAAUGAAGCACGAUCCUAUAUUCUUUUCAUGUUUCCAGAAUACAUUUUACAUACUUUUCUUCUAUUUUUAAUAUUCCGUCAUUGCUCUUCAUUGCUCUUUCUCGUCAUUAAUAUAGCAUUUUUUGUUUGAAAUGCAUAAAGAAAUAUAUCCUGUAUUUCUUUAAUAUUGUAUUAAAAUAGGUAUGUUACCUUUUCUUCUUUUAACUGCAUUUCCUGUAUAUUUUUCUGCAUUUUUUCUUCUCUUCCAUAUCUCGAGAUAAAUUCAAUAGAUAUAUAUAUUUGUUUUCAUUCUAAAAAUGCAGAAAAUAUAAUGUAACGCAGUUAAAAGAAGCGGACCUAAUUCUCGUAUUGUCAUCGUUAGAUAAAUCAACGGUGACCGCGAUGAUUACGCUUAUUCGCUCCGUUAUUUUUUUUGCAUUUUUUUGUGAUAAGAUCGAUAUUUAAAGUAAAAACUUACGUAUGAAUGCAUGAACGCGGAUGUAUGUAAAUUGCACGUGCAUAUUUGAGAAUUGUAUGCGUAUAAUAUAAGAAUAAUAAUAGCAAAGGAAAUAAUAAUAAUAAUAGGAAUAAUAUGCCAGAAGUGCGUUGUGGAUAAUUUUAAUAAACUACAUUCAAACAA